AGCCUUUUGUUGUAAAAAAAAAAAAUUAACAUGUUUACCAAUUAUUUUUACUUUUCCAUUUCGAUAAAUGACAAAAAGAAAUAAAAUAAAUAUAUUACCAAUUUACCGCAAAAUCAAUUUUGAUACAUCCUAUAAGUUAACAAGUUGGAUGUGUUAACUCUCUCUUUUCUCUCCUUCGUACAACUUACAACUUCGUCUUCUCCGCUCAGCCUCUCCACUGUUUUGGCGCAUGCGUCAUUAACGGUGUAAGAGGGUUUUCACUUCUUUAAUCCAUUGUUUUUCGCUCUUCUCUCUCUCCUUUACCCUCUCCAUCUCAUACUCUUGUUUGUCGAUCGGCGAUAUGUUGUCUGUUGUGGGCUCGUCUCAGGCGUCGCUGCCCUGAGUUCUGGAGCGGUCGCGAGUCGUGUCAAGGGUAGGAGCGUGGGUGGUCUAUUCCGCGGUUUCUCUAAGUUCUCGUUCAGAUCUGGCAAGAUCUGCUUUAUUGGUGGUUCGUCGGGGCUCAGCGAUAUACCGAAAGAAAAAAUUAUUAUUAGUAAAAACACUAAAAAUAGUUAGUUAUCCUUAUCAUUAUUCAUCAUUUUACCUUUAUAAGUUUGUGUAAGAAAUAGGAUAUUUAAGAGGAAGAAAAAACAAAAGAAAACCCAAAACUAAAGAGUUAUUACAAAUCCAUCCUCAAUGAUUACUGUUUCUCCUGCUCGGAUAAACUCGACCAGGUUUUCAUUUUCCUAUUGAACACUUUCUAUUUUUGAUUAUUUUCUAAGAAUAAAAUUAUUCUUUUUACCAAACAUAUGCAGGUUCAAUCACACUAUCUUAUAAUAAGAAUAAGAGAUCUUUCUCGAUUAAUCUCAUUAUAUAACUUUUUUUUAGAACUUUUCAGUAAUUCUAUUUACAUAAAAAUGUAAAUAAAGAUUCAAUUAAAGAAAAAGUUCGAAAGAAAAAUAAAUAAAACCACAAAAAUAGAAAUAGAGAAGCAUUUUUUUAUUUUGUCUCUUUUGCUCAGGUCUUACCUUUGUGUGACAAUCGCUCUCCUUCCUCCUAUUCGAUUUCCUUUGUCUAUUUUUUUUUUUAAUCCAUUGUCCUCUGAUUCUCUCUGGAUCUGUAAGUUUUCAAUUCAUCGAUUGUUUCAGGUUAAAAUCCUUAGAUUCUCAGGGUUCAAUUAAAUCAUUAUAUUAAAGCCAUAUUUUAAAAUUUCAAAUCAGUUAAUUGUAUUUUUUUGGCAUUAACAGUUUUUUAGCCUCGUUGAUGGAUGUGGUGACUUCUCCUAAACAUAAUGUGCCGAUGAAAUCUGCUGAGAUCAUCGCUGAGGAAGAGUCUCCUAAGCACAAUGUUGAAACUGCUUGUGCAAAAACAUUGGAGGAGAGCAAUGUGGAAGAGAUUAAAACAGUUGAGACCAGAGAUGAGGAUGAUUAUCCUAAACCCAUUGUCGAAACUGAGGAUAUAAUCGACGAGAUGGAGUCUAUAGACAUCCACAAUGAGGACAAGACUGUUUCGUUGGAGUGUGAAACACAACAAGAUAAGAUGCUUAGUCCUAGUAAUGAUGAUGAUGAUGAACAUGAUAGUGAGAGUUCUCACGAUUCAAAAGAUGACGUUGAUGAAGAUGAAACAAUGGAUGAUAAAGAGAAGCCAAAACCCGACUCACCAGAUUCUAAUCCUUCGACUUCUGCUUGGACAGAGAAAGCAGCUGCGAUCAAGAACUUCGUUAGAUUGAAGAGUGAAGUCGCAGUACAUACAGUGAUGCGCCGUCUUUCCGGGAGAAUGAAUGAUGAGAAUGGUGUUUACGACGCAAGAGACGAUGCAACCAAAUCGGUGGAGUCUCCUAAAACAGAGGGAAAGUCGUCCAUAUGGAAUCCCUUAAGCUACUUGAAGAUGAUGCAGAACGAUACAGUUGAUAAAGUAGAAGUGAAGAACGUGGAGGAAGCAGAGUUGGAGCCUGUAGUGAUGAAAGGUAGGAUUAUACUCUAUACAAGAUUAGGGUGUGAGGCAUGCAGAGAAUGUAGGUUGUAUUUGCAUGGAAAGAGGCUUAGAUAUGUGGAGAUAAAUAUUGAUAUCUACCCAUCUAGAAAGCAGGAUCUUGAAAAGAUUGGUGGAUCAUCUUCUUCAGAUGUUCCUAAGGUAUUCUUCAAUGAAGAAUUAGUCGGGAGUGUUGAGGAGAUUAAGGAAUUGGAUGAAUCAGGAGAGCUCGAUGAGAAGAUUAAACAUUUGAUAGAUGAAGCAUCACCUAGGGAAGCUCCUCUGCCACCAUUCUCAGGAGAAGACGAUGCAUCAAGUAAAGGUCAUGUAGAUGAACUAGCUUUAAUAGUGCGGAAGAUGAAGCCUUGCAUCGUCAAGGAUAGGUUUUAUAAGUUACGAAAGUUCAAAAACUGUUUUUCAGGUUCAGAUGCUGUGGAUUUCUUAUCAUCUGAUCAAUGUUUAGAAAGAGAUGAGGCCAUUGAAGUUGCAAGAAAACUUGCAAGCCAACUCUUCUUUCAACAUGUCUUAGAGGAGAAUCUGUUUGAAGAUGGGAAUCACUUGUACCGGUUUCUAGAUGAUGACCAUGUCGUGUCAUCUCAAUGCCAUAACAUCCCUAGAGGAAUCAUUGAGAUAAAGCCAAGGCCGAUCGCUGAAAUUGCGUCAAGACUCAGACUUUUGUAUCGAGCAAUUCUUGAAGCUUACACUUCGCCUGAUGGAAAACAUGUUGACUACAGAAGCAUUCAUGGGAGUGAAGAGUUUGCAAGGUACCUGCGAAUAAUCCAAGAGCUCCACAGGGUACAGCUUGUAGAUAUGUCGAGAGAAGAAAAGCUCGCCUUCUUUAUUAAUCUUUAUAACAUGAUGGCUAUUCAUGCAAUACUUGUAUGGGGACAUCCAGCAGGACCACUCGAACGAACGAAGAUGUUUGGAGAGUUCAAGUAUGUGAUUGGCGGCUACACUUACUCACUCUCGGCUAUUCAACAUGGUAUUAUACGGGGUAACCAGCGACAGCCUUACCAUCUUGCGAAACCUUUUAAUGAAAAGGAUAAACGGUCCAUGGUUGCUCUGCCUUAUGCAGAGCCUUUGAGUCAUUUUGCUAUGGUUUGUGGCACUCGUUCUGGACCACCUCUCCGAUGCUUCUCGCCUGGAGAGAUCGACAAAGAACUCAUGGAGGCAACUCGCGAUUUCUUAAGAGGAGGAGGACUCUUAGUUGAUCUCAGUUCCAAAGUUGCAUACAUUAGCAAAAUCUUUAAUUGGUAUGCGGUGGAUUUUGGAAAUGGUGAAAAGAGUGUACUGAAGCAUGCGUCAACCUACUUGGAACCUCAAAUUUCAGAAGCGUUGCUGGAUGUGCUAGUUGAUACUCAGUUUAGAGUUGUCUACCAAACAUAUGACUGGGGACUUAACCACUAAAAUCGGAUGGUCUUAUGCUGUCUUUUUAAGUUGUGCUUCAUAAUAUUUUAUCAUAAUUUGUUAGUGGUUGGAGACAAUUCUGUUGGUGGCACUGAAAACCAAAAAAAAAAGCUCAACCUCAUGGAUGACUAGAAUCUAAUACAGUCAACUUUUUCAGAUUUGUACAAAUCUAGUCUAUCAUGUAUUUUUCUUUUUCUUACUAAUGAGCUACCACUCACAUUGGUUUU